AUGGAGUCAUCUUUUCGUCAUAUGAGAUCUUAUUCGGCUGACGAUGAAGAUCCCGACUUGUACAAUAUUAAAUCAACAGAUAAUAAUAAUAAUAGUCAAACAAAUAUUAACAAUCAAUCAUCACAAGAUCAACAAGAUAUAACAUCUGAUGAUUCAAUUUCAAAAUUACAUAAAUCAAUUGAAAAUGCAACCAAAGUUUAUCAAAGAUUAUUAAAAGAAAAGAAUAUCAAUGUUUCACCUAAUAUAUCGCUGGGUUUGAAAUUGUUGGAUCACACACUGAAUCUUAUUAGUUUGUCAAGUGAACAUAGUCCAGUACAUCCAGGUUACAAUCAGGUACUCAAUAUUCUAAAUAAUCCAAAUGAUAUCAGUAGUAGUAGCAGUAAUAAUAGUGGUAGUAAUGGUAUUGAUAAUGAACAACAAGUCGACGAAGCAUUGGUAGUCUCGGAGAAAAUUGAAAUAGGCUUGGUGGAUCUCUUGAAAAUUGUAAACCAACAAUCAAAUCAUAUUAAAUUGUUAAUGAAACAAGUAAAUCCUUCUGUAGUUUUAACCAAUACAUCAACAGCUGAAAACUAUCUAACAAACAAUGCUUCUGUUGCUGCUGCUUCUUUAACUACUGCCACUACAACAACCAAUUCAUCUUUAUUAACAACUUCAACAGCAACUUCAACACAAACAUCAUCAUCAUUAGCACCAACAUCAUCAUCAACAACAACAACCUCUGUAAUUUCACCAAACAUUCAAUCAGUACCCUAUCCAAAUGGUUUUGGAUUAGAUGAGCCUAUUUCAUUGCAACGUGGAACCAGUUCCGUCAGUCUGCUAAAGGGAAUCGACUUGGCACCUGUGGUCAUUGGAAGUGUAGAUAAUAAAUUCCCAAAGUUCCUCAUUGCCGAGCCAAAGAACGAUUCCUUUAUCUUCACCAUCAACGGUCCGUCGUCCGACCAGCUCGAGUCAUCGGUUCACGCUUGCUUCAACAACAAUUUCUUUGCCAAGACCGUCUCUACCUACCCUCAUCUACCGGGACAUCCAAAGCGUGACGGUGAUCCUAUUUGUGACCACUUUUGCAUCCAGAUGCAGAGUAACCGUGUGAUCGCUGCGAUUGCCGACGGUUGCAACUGGGGAACUCGUCCCGCCGAAGCUGCACUCAAAGCAUCGACCUCGUUCGUUGACUUUAUUAGCAAAGCGUUGUCCUCUGAGAUUCAGACCGUUCAGGAUGCUGGAAAUCACAUACUCUCGGCAUUCAACUAUGCUCACAACAAAAUCAUUGAAGAGAAAACCGAUAUUUGGGAUGCCGGAACAACUACUCUCUUGGGUGGAGUAAUGGUUGAGCUCAUUGGAAACAACGACUUUAACAACAACACCAACAACAACAACAAUUCAAAUCCAACAAACAAUCAGAUACCAUCAACUUCAACACCACCUACACCAUCGGCAACAUCUAAUCCACCAUCACCAACACUCUCAAAGUUACCAUCAUCACUACCAUCUUCACCAUUGUCAUCAACACCACCAUCUCCACUUAUACCAUCUGAAAAUCUAUCAAAUACAUUACCAACAAUCAGCAACAACAACAACAACAAUAAUAAUAAUAAUAAUUUAUUAUCAAGAUCAGCUCCAACAAGAUCAAAUAAUAGAGACACACUUUCAACGAAAUGGGGAUUCAUUUGUGCAAGUGUUGGUGACUGUAAAGUAUUCCAUUAUAACCAUGCCAACAAGAAAUUCACAGAUAUCACCAAGAACAAUCGUGGUAAUGUAGAUGACCCAAAGGAUCCGGGUGGUCGUCUCGGUCCAUACGUCGCAAAUGGACAUCCCGAUCUGCGUAACCUCUGUCUGCAUUUCCUACCGUGUCAAGAGAAUGAUAUUAUCAUCUUGGUGUCGGACGGUGUCCAUGAUAACCUCGAUCCUCAAACGAUUGGUGUUACACCGCGUGAGUGUCAACUGCCUUACGACCACUGGUCCGACAUGGAAACAGAGAAGAUUCAAGAAUGUAAAUCUAAAUAUAUGCAAGAGUUCCUCAAGAAGAGAUUACUCAACGCUGCAGCUAUUCAACAUCAUCAACAACAACAACUAUUACAACAACAGCAACCACAUCAUCACGUUCAACAAGAAGAAUGGACACUUACACCAAAGACUAUCGUAGAGAAACUCAUUGAACAUUGUGUAGAGACAACACGAUCCAGUAGAGAGUUUAUGGUCAACUCACCAAAUAAACCACUACCCGAUGAUUUGAAGUUAUAUCCAGGUAAGAUGGAUCAUUCAACUUGUGUAGCAUUUAGAGUUGAUAAUUAA